GCAGCCUUUACUGGAGUCACCUUCGACCAGCCAGACUUCUUCUUGCGUCAUUCAAAGAUGCGGAGUGGACAAUCACUUUGGACACAAACGCUGGUACUAACUUCUUUACUACUAUGGGAAACCCUUCGGGCUUCCGAGUCCCCCGUCAGCGUGCCGGCACCUGAACUCCUGAUCCACUCGUCGUCCGGGGACUCGGUGGUCCUGGUUUGCCGGGCCUCAGAAGGCCAUCGCGGGGUUCUCUUCAAACUGUUCAAAUUAAGGGAUGAGGUGGACUCAAAGGAGCUGCCCCCCACUGAGGAGGUCCUCUUCACUGUGCAACGCGGGGGGGCAACAAAAUCGGAACUCUUCUGCUGUAUGUAUAAAAACCAGCAAGGCCUCUACAGCGCUGCCAGUCCUUAUUUUUCCGUACAACCUCUAACGGAUGUUGUCCCCACGACGGGCGCACCCACCCUGCCGCCUCCGAUCUUAUCGGUGGAGCCCUCGGGCGGGACGGUCGAAAGCGGCGACACGUUGCACUUCCGCUGUUCCGUCCCAGCACUUCAGUCCGCCCACAAACCGAGCGCCUUCAUUUUGCUGAGGGCGGCCUCGGGCGGAGACUCCGUGAUCAGUCAGCACCGCGAUUCCCAAGUGGGAACGUUCAGCGUGGGGCCGGUGAAGCAGGGGGAGGGCGGCGAGUACGCCUGCUUCUACCACAUGACCAGUGGAGAGGACGUCGUCAAUUCGACCUUCAGCAACAAGAUCCAAAUCAUGGUCAAAGGUGAUCUUCCCGCCCCCACCCUCGUUCUCCAGCACCACACUCAAGUGUGGCACAUGCUCUGCACGGGCUCCCCGUCGUACCCCGGAGCAGUGUUCACCUUGUACCUGGUGGACAGCCGACUUCCCGUCGCCAGUUACCACGUGCCGGUCACCAGCCAUGAGACCGCCUUCCCGGUGCCGGUGCAGGACACGCUGUUGGCCUUGUACCAGUGCCAGUACAGCGUCCUCUUGGGAGGGAAAUGGACUAAUUCCGAACGCAGCCGCCCGCUGGCCAUUUCCAAAGGUCUUCCUCAUGCACCAUCACCAGACGUGUCAGCUGUCGACUGGCCUCUCAUACUUGGUUCCUUUUCCGCUGUGGUGCUCUUCCUUUGCUCACUUGGCCUCCUGCUGCUGGUGGUGCGCAAACGAGUCAAAGCAGCAUCUGAUAAAAAGAAGGAAAGGAUGGAGGCAAAAUUUUGGACUCAAGUUCACGCCAAGGAUCAUGUUGUUGACCUAACCCUCAGGUGUACCAGCGUUACCUCACAGGAAUGGGUCGGCGGUGACGCGGGCGUCGACACCACCUCCAGAUCCCCAAUAUGGACCUCCCACUCCACAUUCACAAACCCCAUCCAUUAAAAAUAGUCUCUCCUUCAAUCUCUUUUUUUCCCCCUUUCUUUUUUUUGUCUCUUUGUAUAUUUAUAUUUUACGAUUGUGCGUCUGUGUAGCAUCAGCUGGCUUUAAACGCAGUAGGACAGGAAAAGCAAUUUCCUUACUUCCUGUUUCAUGUGGAGAGACACGCUUGUAUCAUUAAACGGGAUGUGUUGUUUUUGUUUUUGUUUUUUUACC